AUGGCCCAGGAAGAUGUGAUGAACGUAGAGGCCCUCGACGCAUUUUUGAAGGAUCUCUUGCAGUUGUCGCGCUUGGAGUACGACAACAAAGCGAUGGAGCAUUACAAGGACGUGAUUUUGAAGGAAUGGGAUUUGAACAGAGAUGGACUGAUAGAUAAAAUGGAGCUGAAGAUGCUACUGUUACAACAGGAAAAACUCUUUAGAGUCAGAGAUCGAGAAAAUCGGUUCAUCGAGCUGAAUGAGUAA